AUGGUCUAUUUCCACAAAGGAUCGCAAAUUGCACAGGUUGAGCUGAGACAGGAAACGCAUGCAUCCCAUUUUCCGACUUCGCAAGCUUGGAAACAGCUUUUAGUGGAAGGACAAAAUUCAUCGAUGCAACCCAGGCAUUUUGCUGCUGGCAAAUUCACGUUUUUGCCGUUGGACGAGGCAAACAUUGCGGCAAGGAUCAGCGUGAAGGCGACGAUGAAAUCAUUCAUUGCCUUUUUUGCCCUCGUCUGCUUUGUCGUCGUCGUUUCGGAUUUCACAGACGCAUCUCCAAUUCAAGAUUCUGCUGAAUCAAAGGAUAUUUGUUGUUUCGGUUGCGUCAAUUGCAAGACUGAACUGAACGAAAAUAAGGACAUUUGUUGCGACGUCUGCUACAUUUGCAAGGAUCAUGAAGGAGUCCAUCAGUCCGAUGGAUCUAAAAUGUUCCUGGCUCGCAUUUCAGCUCAGUAACGGAAAAUAAAUCGCAUACAUUUCUUGUGUCCAUUAUUCUCUCAAAUUUCGCGUACGAAUAAAGGCAUAAUCUUUCCAUCAA